GAUGUAUCAUACCGGAUGUCACUGUUUUGAGCGAGUGAGUGCAUGAACCAGUGAAAGCAGCGGCUAUCCAAAGCGUUUUAAUGUGACAUUUUAAGUAAAGUUAGAGACGUGGUCAAAAGAAGCUAGCUUAGGGGUUCGCUGCUACCCUCUGUUGUUCCAACACGACUGUGGUCGAAUUUUUCAAAAACAGAAUUGCUCAUAGGUCUCAGAAUUUAUUUCCUUUUGAGACAGUGAACCAACUGUCCGCUUCAUAAUUUGAGGACAUGGAGCAGAACAACAGUUUGCCUCCUUUCCAGGGUCUUGCCUCCCCGCAGGGGGCGAUGACGCCUGGAACGCCCAUCUUCAGCCCCAUGAUGCCCUAUGGCAGUGGUCUGACUCCCCAACCUGUGACAAACACCAACAGCCUGUCUCUCCUGGAGGAGCAGCAUCGGCAACAGCAGGCUUCGGCCCAGCAGGGUGGGGUGUCAGGGGGCUCGGGACAGACACCACAACUUUAUCACUCACAAACGGUCACUACCACCACACUGCCGGGAAACACCCCUCUCUACACCACUACGCCACUAACCCCCAUGACACCCAUCACACCUGCAACACCUGCCUCUGAGAGCUCUGGGAUUGUCCCACAGCUACAGAACAUUGUAUCCACUGUAAACUUGGGCUGCAAACUUGACUUGAAAACAAUAGCACUGCGAGCUAGAAAUGCUGAGUACAAUCCUAAGCGAUUUGCUGCUGUAAUCAUGAGAAUACGAGAGCCAAGAACAACUGCACUAAUCUUCAGCUCUGGGAAAAUGGUGUGCACAGGAGCCAAAAGUGAAGAGCAGUCCCGCCUGGCGGCCAGGAAAUAUGCCAGAGUCGUGCAGAAGUUGGGCUUCCCAGCCAAAUUCCUUGAUUUCAAGAUUCAGAACAUGGUGGGCAGCUGUGAUGUCAAAUUCCCCAUUCGGUUAGAGGGACUUGUACUAACUCACCAGCAGUUCAGCAGUUAUGAACCAGAGUUGUUCCCUGGGCUAAUCUACAGAAUGAUCAAACCCAGAAUUGUCCUGUUGAUAUUUGUUUCAGGCAAAGUUGUAUUAACAGGUGCAAAGGUGAGAGGAGAAAUUUAUGAAGCAUUUGAAAACAUCUACCCCAUCUUGAAAGGAUUCAGGAAGACAACAUAAAUAUUUAUGCCUGCAAUCUUUUUUUUAUUUUUAAUUGUCACAUGGGAACUUGUCCUAUGUUGUGAGCUGUUACUUUGGGACUGAUUGGACCUGUACAGUUUAAUCAAGUCAGGGACCCCUCCUAUUCACCGUAAAGGGAUACUUCGGGAUUUUGGCAAUGAGGCCAUUUAUCUACUUAGUCAGAUGAACUCGUGGAUACCAUUUUUAUGUAUCGGUGUCCAGUAUAAAUGAAGUUUAUUUUUGCGAGCCAAUGCUAACUAGCGUUAGCAUGCUAGCAGAUACCCAUAGACUUCCAGUCACUGCGCUAACGCUAG